AUGGCGAAUCCGGUCAAAUACACGCCUCCACCCACGCCCCCGUCACCAUCGGCGUCGUAUUAUGACAUGAGCGAUGAUGAUGAGGAUGAGUACAAUACUAUCGCUCAUUCCCGCACGGGCCGUGGCGUGAAGCUCCUCUAUUCCAAGAGCAAGGUCUAUGUCCAUCCAUCGUCCUCCGCAAAAGAUAACAUCCCUGGCUUCAUUGCCCUCAUCCAACAAAAGCCUCAAUCCGGCUCCUACCCCUCCUCAUCGAAUAGCAAUGACGCGGCGUCAUACCUGCUGGCCUGGGUGCCCGAGUCAUCGCUAGGCGAUGCAUACAGUACAUAUGUUAAAGUCGAUCUAUCGGAUGAUGCCUCAUCGCCGCAUCAGAGAUACCUCGUCCCGGCCCUUCCGACCACCACCACACUUAAGGACCCCAUCGGUCUGUACUCCUUCGCAGUGCCCAUGUCGGAAAUCUAUUCGAUCCUGGUACGCCCUCCAAGCCUCGGGUGGUGGUUCGGAAGCCUAGUGAUCAAUACACGUGCAGGUGACAGCUUUCCAGCCCUCUUUUUCCAUGAUAGUGAGUGCGAAUCAACCAUUCUGCAAAAGAAGAAGCGGGUCAAGGAUAGCUUCGACCCAUUUGACAGUGAGGGAGGCCUGUUUUGGGGUGGCGACGAAGUUCUUCGGUGGUUGCGAAGAUACGUGGAGGUGGAGCGCUCCGCUGUCGACAAGAAUGUGUACCUGGUCAACCCGUCCCAAGAAGAUCAGCUCUCUUUUGGGAGAGCGUUAUCUAGUGGGGAUGCAUCCCUGCCAUCCAAAGCACAGCCGCAAGCUGCUGCGGGUCCGAGUGGUGGCAAGGGCGAUGCCAGCAUGGAUCCCUUUACGCGGACUCUCAAAGAGACCCGUUGGAAGGUACUUGAGCAACUGAGCAAAAUCACGACAUUCACCCGUCGAACUGCGAAUGACCUUGCCGAAAACCCGCGCAUUCCACCGCAGGUACGACGUCUAAUGAAGAACCCGGAAAUCCAAACCCUCCAAGAUGAGUUCGACAGCGCCAGAAUAUAUCUGGCUCGUUGGGCGAUGAGCAUCGCCGAGCAGAGUGACAAGGAAAGAAACCAGAGAAUCUACACGGCUCAGGAUAUGCUUGAGUCGGAGAAUAGCGCUGUUGGAGACUUUGAGAUCUUGGAGCUCGAGACUGGUAACCUGGGACUCCAGGAGCGGCGACGCACUCUGACGCUUUCCGAAUGGGAGAGUUUCUUCGACCCAACAUCUGGAAGGCUACAACUUACUGUUGAUGAGGUCAAGGAGCGCAUCUUCCAUGGUGGACUGGAUCCCAACGAUGGUGCACGGAAAGAAGCAUGGCUUUACCUUUUGGAAGUGUUUCCGUGGGAUAGUAACCACGAGGAACGCCAAGCGAUUAUGAAUUCGAAGCGUGACGAGUACAUCAGGCUGAAGGCCGGCUGGUGGGAACGAAUGGUCGAUGGCAACUCGACCCCAGAAGAGUACGAGAAUUGGAAAGAGCAGCGGAACCGUAUAGAGAAGGAUGUUCAUCGCACAGACCGGACGAUUCCGCUGUUUGCCGGAGAAGACAUUCCUCACCCUGACCCGGAUUCCCCAUUCGCCGAUGUGGGCACCAAUGUUCAUCUUGAGCAGAUGAAGGACAUGCUCUUGACGUACAAUGAAUAUAACCCCGACUUGGGUUACGUGCAAGGAAUGAGCGAUCUUCUUGCCCCACUGUACGCAGUUAUGCAAGAUGAUGCCGUGGCCUUCUGGGCAUUUGUGGGCUUUAUGGAUCGGAUGGAACAAAAUUUCCUGAGAGAUCAAUCAGGGAUGCGGUCCCAACUUCUGGCCCUUGAUCAUCUCGUUCAGCUGAUGGAUCCCCAGCUCUAUCUGCAUCUGCAAUCCGCCGAUAGCACCAACUUCUUUUUCUUCUUCCGCAUGUUGCUGGUCUGGUACAAGCGCGAGUUUGAGUGGGGAGAUGUCCUUCGUCUCUGGGAGACACUCUGGACAGAUUAUUUCUCCAGCAGCUUCCAUUUGUUCAUUGCACUGGCCAUUCUCGAGAAACAUCGUGAUGUCAUCAUGGACCACCUGAAGCAUUUUGACGAGGUUCUGAAAUACAUCAACGAACUCUCCAACACAAUGGAGCUUGUCCCCAUUCUCACUCGCGCUGAAUCGCUCUUCCGUCGCUUCGAGCGCUCCGUUCAGGCUAUUGAUAAGAAAGACAAUUUCCCAUCUGCACCCUCUGCCACUCAGCGUCAUACAUCAGGCGUCAACAGCCCGGCUUCCGGAAAGGGCAAGGCCCCACAGAACUCUUCGAUUGGCUCUACAACUGGCUCCAACGCGGGUUCAUCAGCUUUACAGAAAAUCAUGGACACCGACAAGCCCAAGGUCAUUUCACCAGAACUAAGAGAGCUGCUUAGAAAGGAUAUCCCAUGGAGGCGUCAGCACCAAUCAUAG